ACAAAACCCAAACCCCAAACCAACCCAAGUAGAGAGGCUGCGAGCCGGGCGGGAAGGGAGCGUGUGCGAGCGCGGCUGGAGAGGCAGCCCCGGAGAGGGCAGCCCCGCGGAGCCCGCCAGCCUCCGCAGCCGGGUGGAGUUCAUUUCUUUUGUUCUUGGGAGCUGAAUAGGAGAAAGGGACAUUUCAACCUUUCUUGAUAAAGAUUAUACUAUCUUAAAGUGUGAGACAAGAAUAUUCCUUGAACGUUAAGAGUUCUUCAGCCAAUUUUCUAGCCAACAUGCCCUUGCGAAGUUCUGGCAAGUUGAGCAUGGAGACCAGAAAAGAAGAUGGUGAGAGCACGGCACCUGCCCCUCCGCAGAAGAAGCUGUCCUGUCAGUGCCACCACCACUGUCCUGAGGACUCAGUCAACAGCACCUGCAGCACCGAUGGCUACUGCUUUACCAUAAUAGAAGAAGAUGAGUCUGGUGGACAUUUAGUCACCAAGGGAUGUCUUGGAUUAGAGGGCUCGGACUUCCAAUGUCGGGACACUCCUAUUCCACACCAAAGAAGAUCUAUUGAAUGUUGCACAGGCCAAGAUUACUGUAACAAACACCUUCACCCUACACUGCCACCACUGAAAAAUCGAGACUUUGCUGAAGGAAACAUUCACCAUAAGGCCCUGCUGAUCUCAGUGACUGUUUGCAGUAUACUUCUGGUGCUUAUCAUCAUAUUCUGCUACUUCAGAUACAAACGCCAAGAGACGAGGCCCCGCUACAGCAUCGGGCUGGAGCAGGAUGAGACCUACAUUCCCCCUGGAGAGUCCCUGAAGGAUUUGAUCGAGCAGUCCCAGAGCUCAGGGAGCGGCUCCGGGCUCCCUCUCCUGGUUCAAAGGACCAUUGCAAAACAGAUUCAGAUGGUAAAGCAGAUUGGAAAAGGUCGCUAUGGAGAAGUCUGGAUGGGAAAGUGGCGUGGCGAAAAGGUAGCCGUGAAAGUGUUUUUUACCACGGAGGAGGCCAGCUGGUUCAGAGAAACAGAAAUCUACCAGACUGUCCUGAUGAGGCAUGAAAACAUUCUCGGAUUCAUUGCCGCAGACAUUAAAGGUACAGGAUCUUGGACCCAGCUGUAUCUCAUCACCGACUACCAUGAGAAUGGCUCACUUUACGAUUACCUAAAAUCUACUACCUUGGACACAAAAGCCAUGCUAAAACUGGCUUACUCCUCCGUCAGUGGCUUGUGCCACCUGCAUACCGAGAUCUUCAGUACUCAGGGCAAACCCGCUAUUGCCCACCGUGACCUGAAAAGUAAGAAUAUCCUGGUGAAAAAGAACGGCACCUGCUGUAUAGCAGAUUUGGGCUUGGCUGUUAAAUUUAUCAGCGAUACAAACGAGGUAGACAUACCUCCAAAUACCCGUGUAGGAACAAAACGCUAUAUGCCUCCUGAGGUGCUGGAUGAAAGCUUGAAUAGAAAUCACUUUCAGUCGUACAUCAUGGCUGAUAUGUACAGUUUUGGACUCAUCCUUUGGGAGAUAGCAAGGAGAUGUGUUUCAGGAGGAAUAGUUGAGGAAUACCAGCUUCCGUACCACGACCUCGUGCCCAGCGACCCCUCAUACGAGGACAUGCGGGAGAUCGUGUGCAUCAAGAGACUACGCCCUUCGUUUCCCAACAGAUGGAGCAGUGACGAGUGCCUACGGCAGAUGGGGAAGCUGAUGAUGGAGUGCUGGGCUCACAACCCCGCCUCACGGCUCACAGCCCUGCGGGUCAAGAAAACACUUGCCAAAAUGUCAGAGUCGCAGGACAUUAAACUCUGACUCGGCCAGAGGCAGCUCUCGGGAAGGCCCAUGGAAAAGGACUUUCUCGUGCAGGCAGAAGUCCUGAAGAGGUAUUGAAAGUCUUCGCUAAUGAGUAACUUGAAUGCAAUCACGUUUAAGAUCAGCUGUUAAGUUCAUUUGACAGCUUUUGAGGAGAUAAUCCUUCGCAAAAUCAGCUGAAUUUUGACAUACGAGAUUGGAAAGAGGCUUGUCUGCCCUUGUUUACACGGGGAAGUACAGUUUUAGUAACUGGUUUAAGAUUAUGCAUGUUGCUUUCCGUGAAAGCCACUUAUUAUUUUAUUAUUAUUAUUGUUAUUAUUAUUAUUUUGAUUGUUUAAAAAGAUACUGCUUUAAAUUUUAUGAAAAUAAAACUUUUGGUUAGAAGUAAAAAAGAUGUAUAUUGUUACAUUAAAAAAUAAUUGGAAGAAACUGUGCUGAAAACGAAAGCAAAGUGACUUUUUCAUUUAUAAAGAGACUAUUGCACUCCAGCAUUUAUUAAAAAAAAAAAAGGAAAAGGGUGUCUGUGCAGCUCAGAGGAGCUGUAAUGGAAGCCGUCUUAAAAGCCGCCUACCUGCGGAGACGACUUUCCAUAGCCCUGCCCAUGCGAGCAGGUCUCUCAGUAUAGAGACAGAGCUCAAUUACGUCCCUGCCAUCGUUAGCACGGGCGGCCGGGUUCCGGUGGGUGUCCUGUUCCAGGGGAGGUCAUGCUUUGUUUAAGAUAAUUGGGAGCCAUAUGAAUAUGGUUUGGUGUGGCUUGCUUGUGUGAAGAAGCUCUUCAUGUUUCCAGGGAAUCUGAUGGGUAUGGUACCAGGAUGACGGUAAACAAGUGCCCCUUUUCUUGGCGCUUUUUUUUUUAUUUUUCUCCCACUGCAAAAAAAGAAGUGUUUUGUGUGUGAGUGGAAAUGAAGUACACAUUUGGAUCUGCUGGUAAAUUUGAAACUGCUGUGACUGACAUACACAAUCACGGGUAAGAGGAAGUUCCUUGUGAGGAAAAAUUAUUAACUUGCUCUUUCAUCUGUGUAAGAGUGAGGUAUUCAUCUACAACCAUAGCUGGGGAAAAAUAAUAAUCUGCAUUCCCUUUUUAAAGGGAAAGGAAAGCAAAGACUUCAAAAAUCCCCAUUUUUGGGGUGGCAGUCAGUGUUCUUUAAGCAUAAGGAGACCUGGGACCUCCCGUCCGCAGUGGGAAGCCGACGGGAGGAGUGGUGAGAGCUGGGCACCGCAGCCGGCAGCGGGCAGCUGCCUCCAGCCCUUGUCCCGCUGGAGUCAGAGGCACCGCAAACCAAAUAAUUUGGCUCCGGCUUCAUCUGCCUUACUAUUUCGGGUGGCCCUUCCAGCAGCCUCCGUGCCUCUGGGAGCCACCGCGCAGGAGUGACAGGCUGUGCCACCAAGCUGGGGCUGCGCAGCAUCGCGGUGCCCAGCAAGAGGAGCUUUUCGGGGAGAAGAGCAACGGGAAACGUAUUUACUGUCUUUCUCCAUUCCUCCUUCCUGGGGCUGCAGCAGUUGCUGCGAUGUUAAACCUACAGAAGGGGAAAUGAGAGGUGAAAUAUUCCCCGUGAAGUAUUUUCUUUAGAAAGGUCUCUGUUCUUCGUCAGGUUAUCAAAGCUGAGCUGUAUGGGAGUUACCGGUUUACCCUUCUUUACCCUUCUUUUAUUUUAUUUUUUAAUUAUUUUUUUUCUGCCUAUGUCCUGUUUCACGAGAUGGCGAUCAGUUUAAUUUUGAAAUAAGUCCUUACAAAUGCUGCUUUGAUUAUGCUAAGCCUAUUUCAGAACUGAAAUAAUUGCCAUGCUGGAUUUAGCCUCAGCCCAUAAUGCUUUUUUUUCCCUUUUUUGGACAAAACCGAUUGAUUUGUUGUAGGUAGGCUGGCUUAUAAUUGGGAUUUAGCUUCAUGGCUCCCUGAAGGUAUUUCUAGUUGGAAAAAUUAGCAUUUUAUACUUUCAAGCUAACAGAGAAAAAUGCACAGGUUCAAGAGAACCAGCAAGACCUCCGUGACUAUAGGUGUUAAAAAGUUUAGUCGGAUGAUUUUUGUUAGAGGGCUUUUUCCGCCGUGCAGUUUCCCUGCCUGUACCCCAAAAUACUGAGUAGUAGAAAAAGAUGAUUUCUGAGAGUUAAUGGUACAGCGAACCCCAGUCCCAAAAGGGGCGAUGCCGGUUUCCCCUGUCCUUAACAAACCGUGCGCCUGCGUGGCUGAGAGAGGACUUUGCUCCUCUCCGUGGCUGCCUUGGCUUGAAGAUUUGUGGCCCAAAAUCAGGAGAACAGCCCAGCCUCUCCUCACCUUUUUUGUCGCAGUGAAUGGAGCCACGGGGUUUCUACUCUUGCUCCUUUUGCUUUCAUGCCUUUCCAUAAAAACCAACGCAGCCCCGAGGAACCGGGGUUUCUGGGCUCCGAUGAAGCGGAUGGGAAACACCCCGGCAUCCGGAGCUGGUCCCGCCGUGGCUGGCGGGGGGGUCACGCUGGUGGAAACGGGGAUGCUGCUCCCGAUGACUUCGGCAGCGGUUGGGGACAGGCUCAGUCGAUCCCACCUCCCAGCCUGGUCCCUGUGGCUCCCGGGUAAGCGGUCGCACAGCAGGGAUGCCUCUUCACGGCCGUGUUUAGGUGUUUCGCGUCUGCUUUCCUCAAAUAGAUUUUGGGGUUUUUUUAAAUUGUCAUGGCUCUCCCCAGGAGUGUUUUGGAGGGUCCUUCACUGGCUGGUGGAUGCGAUGCACGUGAUAGCCCUGGCACCUGCUGUCAGCAUGUGGCGAGGGAAGGGGCCAGUUGCUGGUUUUCUGAACAAGUCUUACUUUUUUUGGUCCAAAAGAAAGGUAUAUAAGAUACUGGUUGACAGGUUACAUAAAGUGUAUAUGUUAAAUGUUCAAGUUUGAUGUGUUUUUUAUAUAUAUAUAGAUAGAUAUAUAUAUACUCAGUUGGGAGUCUGGAAUAACUCCAGUAUGUGGAUUAAGAGUAAACUAUUACGGAUGAUAAAGCACUAAAUGAAACAUAAUAUUUAUUUAUGAAAAUGACAAAUCACUGCAAGGGUGCUAUAUAGGAAAAUAAAUAUAUAUAUAUAUAUGGCAAGACACAUUCUGAGAAAGCAAAGGGUCUGCAGUUGUAUAACUAGUGCCUGCCCAUUUUCUCCCAAGACUCGAAAGCCCAGGUUUUGAUCUCAAAUCUCGUACUUGCUGUAAUUGAUGCUAUUGUAAAGGGAUAUUCCUAAAGGCCAGGCAACAGCCCAAGGCAAGCGUGGAAGUCGUUUGUUCUAGCGCUGUGACGCUCGAGUUACCGCCUGCGUGGUUGACUUUCUGCAACACUCAACGUGUAAUUAUUACAGUUUCAGCAUGUACAGUGGCUACAGGUUAGUACAUUUAUUUUGCCAGGUGUGGCCUUUUAAUGUUACUUCCAGAUUUCAGUGGUUUCACAGUGCACAUCCAUGAGAGUUUGGAUGUCAGUGGCAAAGAUAACCACGGCUUCAGUGCCGGCAGGUCUGGAAAUCCAGUUUUCAAAUGUAAAUCACUGAAGGAAGUUUAGGUUAGUGACUUAUUGGCAUAGAUAAGAUGGCAUAGGGAAGUGGGAGAAGGAGGAAAAAAAAAAAACCCCAAACCAAAAGGGAGAAAGAUGCCAUCUAGCAACUGCUAUUCUUUCUCUAGCACAAAGUUAUUUCUAUUAAAGAAAAGGUUGACAAUGUAAAGACUAAGCAACUAGUUUGUGUUCUUUUUUGAGAACCAGUGCCUUAUUAAACCUGUAAAUACUGUAAUUAGAAAACCUGGGGAACAAACUGUUACAUUGUAUUUGUUCAAAUUGUAUA